AUGGCAGCCGAAGCCGACGGUCAACAACGGGAUCGCCCUGAGCCUCUUGUCGCGUCAUUGAUGCACCGCAGCGAAACGCCAGACACGGAGCACGCCCGCCCACGCAAACGGACCCACUACGGAUACACCUGUCGUUACAAUCGCGAAGUCAAGAAGCGAGGCCGGCUGCCAGCCUCGGCCACGGCCAGCAACCACAGCACCAACGGCGGCAGCAUCAAUGCCCGAAGAGACUCUUGGCCUCAAUCACAUCGACGAGGCAGCAUUCGAAACGAUUCAAACCUGGGCCGGGGCAGCAAUGGCAAUAGUAACAGCAACAGCAACAGCAACAGCAAUGGCAUCUCCCAGGCGUCCUGCUCAUCUCCAUCGGCCAGCAUCAGCUCUAGCACCGUUGGACAGCAUCCCUUUGCCGACCCGGUGGAUGCAACGUCGGCCGGUCCCGAAAGUGUAACCUUGGAUCGGCGGGAUCAGGUUGCCGUACCUGACGCUCGCCAAGACAUGCUGCAUUCCAUCAGUCAGCCUUACUCUCAAGGUCGAACUGCUCCUCCACUCAGCGUCCCGUCUCUCAUCCAAGUCGGACUUCAACCGCCUCCUCCUCAGCGUUCUUCCAUAGGCAAUCCCUUGUCAGUCAGCGUGUUUGAUGGACAGUUUGCUGACUCAGAGGUCGUCCUGUCUGAUGAAAGCGCUGGCUAUCCCUCGCCAGUUAACGGACGGCCCCAUAUCGAGGCUGGAAGUUCCCGCCAGCACAGGGGCUCCUUCAAAUCGACUCACAGCCAUGAACGAAACCGAGAGUCGUUUAGCACUGUUGCGACUGGCCACGAUGCCGCGGGCCUCAUGUUGGACUUCUUUCACAAGGCCCCAAACGAGGACUGCUGGUACAAGUUUCUUGAGCCAAUCUUGCCAUUCAUCCGUAACAUCAUUCCCGCCUCUGUUGCGUGCGAUCUGCUCGACAUCUUCCUGACCGACCCGGGGAGCUCCUUGUUUCGUGUCGCAUCUCCAUACAUCUUGACCAGAGUCUUUCGUAAAAAGUCUAUUGUACAUCCAACAAAUCCCAGAUAUACCACGCCAGCGUUGUUGGCAACAAUCCUCUGGUGUGUAGCACAGACUGCUGAUGUCAUGAUGCUGCAUGUCCCGGGCUCAAGGGCCAAGGUUGUCAACGAUCUGUACGACCUGGCAACAUCUCUAAUAUCCGAACGUGACCCCGAUCGGUGGCGUCGAAUCCAUGGUGGCCUCCGAGCAGAAAACGAGACACCGCAUCCUCGGCUCCCCAAUGCUCCAACCGUGCCGAAAACCACGGUGAAUAACGAACCAGCUGGCGAGACUGACGAUGUCCUGACCUUUAUCCUCCUCUCCAUUGCUGUCUCGGGCUCUGAUUUCAAGUCGGACUGCUACAAAUGGUGGUCCAAGGCAACGCGGCUGGCCUUUUCGCUGGGUCUACACCGAGAGGAUGAGCAAUGUGCCGGACCUGUGACGCCGUGCGCAAACCCCCUUUGCUCAUGCAAAAAGGAUCAAGAUGGCAGCAUAUAUAACCUGGAGCUACGGGAAGAGCGCCGAAGAGUCUUUUGGCUUCUAUACGCCCUAGAUCGCCAUCUGGCCUUGUCUUUCAACUCGGCUCUGACGAUACCUGACUCUUAUUGCGAAGUUUACUCCCCAUUGCCUGAAGCUGUUUGGGAAAACCUCGAUACAAUCCCCCCUAGCGAAAUCCCCGCUCGAAGGAUCGGACCGCCAACGACUGCCUCUGGGUCUGCCUUUUUUGAAUACUUUUUGCCGCUCAUGGCGAUACUGGGCGACAUCAUAGAAGUCCACCACAGGCGCCGUCAUCCAAGACUGGGAGAUCUCGACGACUCGCACUCUGUAGCCGUGAUUCAGGAACUCCUUUCCACCUACGAGCUCAGCCUUGCCGCUCUUUCGCCAGAGAGCAAUGAUAACAACACCAUGCCUUUGCCUAUCCACACCCCAAAGGGCAUUGUCGCCGGAAUGCCUUCGAGGCCAUCCAUCUCGCACCAGCACCAGCCCUCUGCAGCUCCAUACAACGCAAGCGAUCCUUCCAAGAUGCGGCUGGCGAAGGCCUAUAGCGCUCACAUUCUACACGUGUUGCAUGUGCUUCUACACGGCAAAUGGGAUGCUAUAUCUAUGUUGGACGACGGCGACGAUUGGAUCACGUCCAAGAGAUUUAACGAGUGCGCGUCUCACGCCAUUUCCGCAUCACAAUCGGUCUCGACCAUCUUGACCAUUGAUCCAGAGUUAACAUUCAUGUCCUAUCUUUUUGGCAUAUAUCUGCUCCAGGGAAGCUUCAUCCUUCUCCUAUUCGCGGACAGGAUGCCGCAAUUAGGUCCUAACGAGUCGGUGGCACAAGCCUGCGAGAACAUUAUCCGAGCUCAUGAGGUGUGCGUUGUGACGCUGAGUACAGAGUUCCAGAAAAACUUCCGUACGGUCCUACGAUCCACUCUAUACAGCGUUCAGGGCGCGGGAACUACGAAUUGGGAUGAGCAUCGCUCACGACGCAGAGCUCUGUCCUUGUACAGGUGGACAAAGGGAGCCAAGGGGCUAGCAUUGUAG